AUGGAGUCUUUUCUCGGCCUCGACCUAUCAAGGAACUAUUCCUUCUUCACCGUUCCAGCUGCUUUCUUUAUCAUCGCCUUCCCCCACGCCUACACCAUCACCGCCGCCAGGGGAACAUACGACAACGCCAACCCCCGCUCCCACAAGAACAUUAUUGAGAAGAGCGAUAACUUUACCAAAUCCGACAAGCAAUUCUUCCUUCGAGCAAAGGCAGCUACAGAAAACGGCUUCGAGACACUCGGUCUCUACGCAGCCAGUAUCGUAGCCGCAAACUUCGCAGGUGUAUCAACACCUGCAGUCAACCUUCUUAGCUUCGGCUAUGUAGCAAGUCGAAUUGGCUACAACGUUGCCUACUUGUGGCUGCAGGCCGAUCGUCGCCUGGCCCCAGUGCGCAGCCUGGUGUGGACGGUGAGUAUUGGACUCAUCGUCACCUUGUGGGUUAAGGCUGGAAACAAGAUGCUAUCAGCUUAG